AUGGUGGCCAGGCUGAAGUCGCUGCCCAAGGUGGUGGAGAUGACCAACGCCAGGCCGGACAGGGUCAAGAUGGCCAACCCCAAGCCGGACAAGGUCAAGAUGGUCAAGGUCAAGAUGGCCAGGGUCAAGAUGGUCAACCCCAAGCCGGACAAGGUCAAGAUGGCCAAGGUCAAGAUGGCCAGGGUCAAGAUGAUCAAGGUCAAGAUGGCCAAGGUCAAGAUGGCCAACCCCAAGCCGGACAAGGUCAAGAUGGCCAAGGUCAAGAUGGUCAACCCCAAGCCGGGCAAGGUCAAGAUGACCAGGCCGCGCAAGGUCAAGAAGUUCAGGCGCAGGGUGGGCAGGGUUUCCGAUUCGGGCAAGGUUUCCCAUUCGGACGAGGUAGAGGUGGUCGGCGCCAGGGCGGACAAGGUGGCCGCGGUAACCAAGGUCAGCGGCAAAACGGCGGAAACAAUGGCGGAAACAAUGGCGGAAACAAUGGCGGAAACAAUGGCGGGAACAAUGGCGGGAACAACGGCGGCAACAAUGGCGGGAACAACGGCGGAAACAAUGGCGGAAACAAUAAUCAGCUUCUACUCAGCCAGAACAACGUCCAGGAGGCUAGCAAGAGCGACGGAGCCGCCAAUCCCGAAAAAGGACAAUCUGCCUCUCUCACGUGAGAAUUGCAAUAUUUACCCCACAAGAGAGAAACAUGCUAAUGAUCUACAAAGUGAUGAUGCCAACUUUAUCAAUUUCUGCACUGGCAAGACAUUGACCAACGGUCUUCAACUGGAUGGUGGUUCUUGCAAUGGCAUUGUUAUGGGCGACAUCCCUUCCCGCAACAAUAUGAUUUCCGCCAUCAUUUUAAACCCUAAGAACGGUGAAGACCUCCAGGAAAAUCAGAGUUUCAAUGUCGACGUUCAAGUUGACAAUCUCGUGGCUGGCUCGUUCACCAACCCUGAUGUCACUUACUACUCGGCUCCGCAGCAACUAGUUGGAGGGAAGGUCCAGGGGCACAGUCACGUCACGAUCCAAAGUCUUGGAAAUAAUAUCAACGCGCAGAACCCUCCAGACCCCGACAAUUUCGUCUUCUUCAAGGGCAUCAAUGAUCCCGGUAACGGGCAGGGUGGACUCAGCGCUCAGGUUAACGGCGGCCUCCCCGCUGGCGUCUACCGUCUCUGUACUAUUAAUUCGGCCAGUAACCACCAGCCCGUAAUCAUGCCUGUUGCUCAACGUGGUGCCCAAGAUGAUUGUAUCCGCUUUACUGUGGGUCAAGGGAACAACAACAAUAAUAACGGUCAAAAUAACGGUCAGAACAACGGCCAGAACAACGGUCAGAACAACGGCCAGAACAACGGUCAGAACAACGGUCAGAACAACGGUCAGAACAACGGUCAGAACAACGGUCAGAACAACGGCCAGAACAAUCAGGGUAGCGGAGGUGUAGUCUCAGAUUUAACCCCGGGACCUACGCUCUGA